CCUCAAGGGCAGCAUUGGUCAUGUGAGAACGCUGACGAAGGAAACGAAGGAACAUCAAGAAGCGCGCCGCGGACUAAGUAGUAAGACUAGGACGUCGGAAGAAUCUUCAAGGCUCCCACUUCUAGGAGAUCCUGUUGCGGAUGCGUCCGAUGUUGUGCCUGCGAAGCCUCUGAAGGUGAAGAAACGCUCCUCCCAGCAAGAGUCCCCUGUUCUGGCGAUGAUGCCCUACGAUGUACUGCCUCGUUUAGAGCAUGCUCUGUUCGCAUUAGCCACUACUUCUCAGAGGAGCACAACAUCUUCACAAGACGAACAGCAGAAGACGAGGACUUCAUCUUCAUCCCAGAACAAGAGCAGUAAGGCUAGUCAGUUACUACCCAGUGUGAGAGUGAGAUAUCCAUAUGUUGGUCCUGACUGGAAUCGAUCCUCGUGUGAGAUAUCCUGGUGAGUGGAAUCGAUCCUCUUGAAUCAUGAUUUAUCCUCUUGAAUCAUGAUCAUGAUUUCAAAAGGACUGAACCAAGGAUGAAUGGUUCUGGUAUUUGGUAACCUGAAUUUGAUCCUAAGGGAAAACAAGAAGAGAACCCUUAGGAUCGAACUCAGGUUACCAAAUACCAGAACCAUACAAAGGGGCAGACUUGUGAAGGAAUUCUCACUCGGGACCACGGUUAGUGAUUGACUCUAGCGUUAAGAAAGUAAACGGGGAAAGGAGUGCAGUAACUUGGUUUCUCCACAGUUUUCCCGUAUUGAUGGAGCCUGUAUCUACGCAGCAGUACCGUUCUCAGAGACAAAGCGUCUUAGUCGCUAACAGUUGGAGCGACGUCCUGAAGGCGAAAGAAGCAGCGGUCCUCGCUAAAAAUACGAUGAAGACGCAACAAGAACACAUGGAGCGCAAGAACAUGGAGAAGAAAAUACAGAAGGACAACGAGGAGGAGAAAGAGAACAAGAUGGGCUCAUCUACAUGCACUGCCUCAAGGUCAUCUUCGAGUACUACACCUUCAUCUUCGAAGACGUCGCCCGCUAAUCGUGAUGAGAGUCCACCUACUUGUACUUCAACAUCAACGAAAACUACAAGCUCGUCAGUCGUCGAAAGCGAUAGCGAUAGUGCGGUAUCUUCAGGAGAAAUCCUCGUCAGUCAUGCAGCAGAGGAUGAAGAGCCACCUGCUCCUCCACCUGCGCCCCUAAUGUGGUCAAUUACUGGUGUCGACGCAGAAGGGAACCUAGCAAAUUCAAACUGCGAAGAUAUAGAACUUGGCGUGUGGUGGUAUCCAGAGAGCGUAAUAUCCAGAAAGACCGCAUCAUCUUCCCUAGGAGGUUUGGAUUAUGGUAUAAAUGGUAUUGGAGAUGAGAGCAGGUUAAAAAAUACAUCAAGAAUUUCACAGGUAGAACAUCAACCAGCACCAGAACCAACACCAGUGACAUUCGUAAAAGAGCCAUGGAUGCAAGAGUGGCAAGGAGAGAACGAGCAAGGUGAGCAGGAUGAAGAUGAAGAUCUAGCUGAUGAAGAUCUAGCUAAUCUAGAUGAUGAAGAUGAAGACUAUAGUACAGGUGGACGAGAGGACUUCUCAUACUCAACCUCUACUAGCUCUACUAGGUCACGGGUAAUCAUGACCGAGAAUACGUUUUGGCGGAUGCAAACCAAGGGCUGUCAUCGCCUCUUGGCACUAGAGAUCCAGGGCGCACCACUGGAACAUCCUCUGAGACUCUCGUUUCAGGUGAGUAGAAGAAGGCCGAAAGUUAUGGAAGAGGAGAUGGGUCGCCAGGGUCAAGAAGAAGGUCUUCUACUAGUUGAUGAUGGAACUUCAGCAGACCUUGAUGGUGGCGAAGAUGACACUCGUUCGGAUCGAGCAGGAGAGCGAAAAGCAGAUGACACAGAC